AACCCAUAAAAGUAAGCCAAGCACUCCUCCAACUCCAUGGAAAGCGACCAAGCAUUGCCCCCUUUUUUCCUUUUUUUUUAACAAUUUAAAACCAUUUUUCCUAUUACUAUCGCCAUUUUCCUUUUUCUUGAAGUACAUUCUCUCUGCGAUUUACAGGGUAGUUGGGUUGAUGGUAUAUUUGUGAUAUUUCUCCUACAAAUAUAAACUUCACCUGCUGUAUUUUGCAGCAAAAACCCGUCUUUGAUUUUCUUUGGGUUUUCGGGUUUUUCGGCUUUCGCUCCCUCAUUUUCUCUUGAGCUUAUCAUGAUGUUACUCUCUUCCUCCGGUGAUCCGUGCCAUCAGGGGUCUGCCUUUCAUAGGAUUAUAAUGGCACAGCUUUUCUUCUAAACCGACUCGUUGUUUUUGCGCGUAUUAUGAGCUUUUGAUUCGAUUCUCAGAGAGAGAAGUCAAUAUUUGCGAAAGGGGUAAACAUGCCAUUCGGGUUGGUGUCCGCCUGGAACAAGCGCAGGAGAAGCAAGUCCCUCGAGCACGCGGACCCCUGGACUUACAAAUCUGUUGAGUUCUGGCAACUUGAAGAAAAAGCUUCGCAGCCUGCCAAGAAACGCAAUGCGUCGUCGGUUUUCACGCUCAAGGAGAUGGAAGAGGCCACCUGUUCUUUCAGCGACGGGAAUAUGAUCGGGAUGGGAGGGUUUGGACGUGUCUACAGGGGAAUUCUCAGGUCAGGAGAGGUUGUAGCCAUCAAGAAGAUGCAGCUACCCCCUUUUAAAGAGGCAGAUGGAGAACGUGAGUUUCGUGUGGAAGUCGAUAUCCUGAGCAGACUUGAUCACCAAAACCUCGUUUCAUUGAUAGGCUACUGUGCAGAUGGCAAGAACCGAUUUUUAGUCUACGAGUUCAUGCACAAUGGGAACCUGCAAGAUCACUUAACUGGCAUUGGGAAAGCAAAGAUGGAUUGGCCGAUAAGGCUAAAAGUGGCGCUCGGUGCUGCUCGGGGACUCGAGUAUCUCCAUUCAGGUUCCGCCGUCGGGGUUCCGAUUGUACAUAGAGACUUCAAGUCCACUAACAUUCUUCUCACCGCCAAGUUCGAAGCGAAAAUAUCAGAUUUCGGGCUUGCCAAGCUGAUGCCAGAAGGCAAGGAGACCUGCGAGACUGCAAGAAUGCUUGGCACUUUCGGCUAUUUUGAUCCCGAGUAUACAUCGACAGGAAAGCUUACUUUGCAGAGCGAUGUCUAUGCAUUCGGGGUGGUGCUUCUGGAGCUCUUGACUGGCCGGAGAGCCGUGGACUUAAACCAGGGACCGAACGAUCAGAACCUAGUAAUACAGGUGAGGCAUAUACUGAACAAUCGGAAGAAAUUGCGUAAGGUGAUUGAUCCGAACCUGAGCCACAGCUCAUACUCGCUUGACUCAGUUAUGAUGUUUGCAAACUUAGCAUCCCGAUGUGUUCGCCUAGACAGUGGCGAGAGACCAUCCAUGGGCGACUGCGUGAAGGAGCUUCAGUUGAUCUACUUUUUGAACUCGAAAGGCCUUGGAAUGGCUCAGCCCUCGUUCAGAAUGGUAUAGAAACCAAAGUCUUUUACAAGCAGUGAUUUUUGUGAUCUCAUAAUCUAUUUAUGAGGAUUGCUUGAUUGCUGAGAGCUUACACCUCGCGACAAUGUGUGUUUGUACCGCAAACAAAUAGUGGACAGGGCCAAGUAGAAGGAUAUUCACCAAAAACAAAAAAAAAGAGCCAAAUAGAAGGAUGUUUUGCUCAUGUACAUAAUCAGAUACCAGAAAAGCCAAUAAUGAGUUGAAAAUAGAAUAGAGAGGAUACUUUCAUGUUUGGUUUUCUUCUAGAGUCACCGAUAUCUAAUCGGAAAGCUAGUGUUCAGGUUCAUAUACAUCAUAUACAUGUAAAGCCCAAUUAAGCGAAAUGUGCGAUUCUUGAGGCUUUA